AUGGCUCAAACCUUUGAACGCAUCGCGAACAACUUACAGCCCAAAAUUCAUCGAUGCGCCCGGGCUCCGCAGAGGAUAGUUGAAUUCGAGAAAGCCAGACCGUCUUUCUUCGGCGUCAAGGCUUGCGCUGUUGACCAUGACAUCAACGACCUCUCUUGGGGAAAAGGGUCCGACUUUAUCCUCGAUUUCGGCAUCCAUAUGGUCGGAUAUCUUUCAUUCCACUUGGACUACGUCGGGCAAAACAUGGACGCGCCAUGUCGGCUCCGUCUCACCUUUGGCGAGUCGCCACUUGAUGUGACAAUGGAUAUGAACAAUGUGAACACCUGGAUCAGCACCGCUUGGCUUCCCGACGAGGUCAUCAAUAUCGACAUAUGCCCGCAGACAAUAAGUCUUCCCCGUCGAUACUCCUUCCGAUACUUGCGCCUUCAGAUCAUUGAUACGUCUCCCAAGUUCAAGGUGUCGUUCUCGAAUGUACAAUGCGAAUCAGUCAGCGCCGUCAGUCAAGGCCAUCAGAUCGAUGCGGUUGAGUUUCCAGAUCCCCUUCUGCAGGACAUCGACCACGUUUGUAUUUCCACGCUGAGAGAUUGCAUGCAGACUGUAUUUGAAGAUGGCCCAAGGAGAGAUAGAAGGCUUUGGAUUGGAGAUCUUCGUCUCCAAGCUCUAGCAAACUACAGCACAUUUCGGGAUUUAGAUCUUGUCAAGAGAUGUAUUUUCCAGUUUGCAGCAGUCCGACGUGAGGACGGCUCGUUGCCAGCGUGCAUCUUUGAAAAGCCCACGUUGACAGCUUCGACAGACUACAUCGCCGACUACGAUGCUCUAUUUGCCGCUAUUGUGUAUGACUAUGUUGAGGCUUCUGGGGAUAUGGAGACUGGGCUUCUACUUUGGGAGACUGUUCUCGACUGUCCAAAGCGACUACUGAGCAACCUCAAUUCCACAUCCUAUGUUUUCGAGGCCGAGCGCAGCAAGCAUCACAUCUUUCUCGACUGGGCAAAGGGUCUCGAUAAGAGCGCGGGAGCUCACGGGGUAUUACUUUAUUGCCUGAAGGUUACGAACAAGCUCGCCGUGCGCCUGAACCAGCAGCCUCCCUACAACGAACUAAUUCUCAAAAUGACAUACGCUGCAAACUCAUUCCUAAAAGACGGUAUUUUUGUGUCUGGGCAAGCUCAGCAAGUCAGCUAUGCCUCCGCCGCAUGGCUCGUUCUAUGCGGAGCCUUUCCUCCAGAAAUCGCUCGCAAAGCCUUCCUCGCCACUCUUGCACACCCAAAUGCCGUGAAGCCACUAACGCCUUACCUAUGGCACCACGUUUGCGACGCUCUCGCGAUGCUGGGAUGCUACAAUGAAUGCGUUGAUCUUAUCAAGUCUUACUGGGGCGGUAUGGUGGAGGCAGGGGCAGACACGUUCUGGGAAUGUUAUGAUGCGCAGGAUUGUAUGGCUAGUCCAUAUGGGGAUGUACGGAAUAACAGUUGGUGCCAUGCUUGGAGCUGUACGCCGACAUACCUGCUUAGGACGACGCUGCGAGAUACGGUCAAGGCGAGAGGCGUGGGUAAGGUCACGGUGGAUGAGCUAGACCAAAAAUGGAUCAAGAGGUCUUUGGGUGAUUCUGUAGCAUAA